AUGGCCUUGCUGGUUUUGUCAGGUUUUGAGCCUUCUGCCAUGAGCUCUUUCCUGAGGAAGAGGUGGCACUGGCCACUCCUUGUUAGUGGUGUCCCUGCGGCCGUGCGGGAGCAGCGUCCCCUGGAAGAGGCUGUCCGAAGGCGCUGGAGAGCUGGCUUCUGCAGAAGUGCAAGACAGAGUGGAGACCGAACAACAGGUUUGGUGCAGAACUGGCACACCGAUGGGCAUUGCCUCCAAACAAAGGUGCAUGCCAGGAGCCACCUUUGGUUGGGAGGGACAGCCCGAGGGCCCCUUUUUAGUCACCGGCAGCGGCCCAAGGAGGGGCUGGGGGGGCGGCUGAGCUGCAUCUGGGACAGGUCAGGGAUUGUCCCUCACAACCCCAGGGACCCCAGCAAGGCUUCCCCACCAGUCCAAGGAGCAAAUGAAUCUCCGAACUUCAUCAACCCCUUCCAAGCCAGCAGUGUCCAAGCUCAGAGCAAGUUCUGGGGAGGCCCUGAACCCCAACAGCCAUGCAGGCCCCAGCAGAUGGCUGCUUUCAGAAAAGCUCUUCUCCACGAGCAUUUCGCACCCUCAUGGUGGUUUAUGAUUGACCAGAAACUUUCAACGUCCCCACUGCCCACACAGGCAGCCCCCAGUGGCUUCCUGGCCCUCUGCGACUUCCCCUCCGAGGGGACAGCUGCCGUCCUGAGGAUGGGGGAGCUGCUCCGCGUCCUCUCCCAGGACGGGGACUGGUGGCUGGUGGCAUCUCAGGCGUCCGGCAAGGAGGGCCACAUCCCCAGCAGGCCAAGGUCAGGCACAGAGGAGCUGCUGCUCCAGCCAGGCAACCACAGCGGGUCCUUCCUGAUACGGGAGAGCCAGACGAGGCGAGGCUGCUACUCGCUGUCCGUGCGCCGCGGCGAGCGCACCUCCUGGGACUCGGUGACUCACUAUCGCAUCCACCGCCUGGAGAACGGCUGGCUCUACAUCUCGCCUGGGCUCACCUUCCCCAGUCUCCAAGACCUGGUGGACCACUACUCUGAAUUCGGAGAGGGGCUGUGCUGCAUCCUCAGGGAGCCCUGCUCCAUGGAAGGGGUGAGGGUGGCCCCGGCCCCUGCCAUGCCCAGUGUCACGAAGCAGCCAUCACUCAAAUGGGACGAGGUUGACAGCUCCCCCCUGUUCUCGGAGGCCACAUCUCCCCGGGAGAAGGACUCUCCCAUCAGCCUGGGCCUGCGGGAAGCCAUCAGCUCCUACCUCCUCCUGACAGAGACAGCUGCCCCUGGGAAGGAGGCGAAGAGCAGUUGA